GUUAAAUAGUGAACCAAAAAACAAAAAUCCCCGAUUCAGUGAGCGAGCAAUGACCGGCGAUUUGCGGUACGAGAUCCACCAAGACGCCUACAUCAAGCUGAUACUCCACUCCCUAAAGCACCGCUCCUCCGCCGUCAACGGCGUCCUCAUCGGCCGUUCAUCCGCCGAUGGCGCCGCCGUCGAGAUCGUUGACUCCGUCCCCCUCUUCCACUCCCAGAUCGGCCUCCUUCCUCCGCUCGAGAUUGCCCUCAUUAUGAUAGAGGAGUAUUAUGGAGAGAAGGGAUUGAGUGUUGUCGGUUACUUUCAUGCUAAUGAGAGGUACGAUGAUUUUGAACUCGCUGGUGUUGCGAAGAACAUCGGAGAUCAUAUUACCCGGUAUUUUCCUGAUGCUGCGCUGCUCUUGUUGGAUAAUAAAAAGCUCGGGGAUUUAUCGAAAGGAAAAGACCGAAGCCCGGUGUUGCAGCUUUACACCAAAGAUGCAUCUACUUGGAAGCUAGCUGGAUCAAAAGGAAGCAACCAGCUCACAAUCAAGGAGCCUUCAGCUAAUACAGUGCUUCUCGAUUACAUCUCUUCUGAGAAAUGGAACGAAAUCGUUGACUUUGAUGACCACCUGGAUGACAUCAGCAAGGAUUGGCUGAACUCGGAACUUUUUGCAUAAAAGCUUCGAACGCGUUACAACCGAUGUCACAAUACUGAGAUUUUGGAAGACUAGUUUGAAUAUCAAAGACUGAUUGUAGUGAUAUUUAUUUAUAUGUGGCAUAGAAUUUUUGAAUAUUAGUUAAAAAAAUCUCUCUUUUGUGGUUUAAUGUUACAUUCCGAACGAGACUUCUAAUUUCGUAUUAUAAUCCGGCAUAUGAUCGACUUUUCCACUUGUGUUUCUCGAACUUCCUUCUUUGGGUUGUUGAUUAUAAUUUAUAAAUCAC